CUUAAACUUGAGUGCUAGAACUCUGCUGACACAGGAUACUCUCUGGACAGGUCCUGUGGAAGUAGACAAUAGGAACAGAAGAGGAUUUCCAAUGGUCACAUCAGCCUCCAACAUCACCUCAACCCAUCCGUCAGUCUUCGUGUUGAUGGGGAUUCCAGGCCUGCAGCACCUACAUAAUUGGAUCUCCAUUCCCUUCUGCUCAGCUUAUACUCUAGCCUUGCUAGGCAACUGCACCCUCCUCUUCAUCAUCCAGACUGAUGCAGCCCUCCACGAGCCCAUGUACCUCUUUCUGGCCAUGCUGGCAGUCAUUGAUCUGGUUCUCUCUUCUACAACACUUCCCAAAAUGCUAGCUAUUUUUUGGUUCAGAGAUCGGGAGAUCAACUUCUAUGCCUGUCUGGUCCAGAUGUUCUUUCUCCACUCCUUCUCUAUCAUAGAGUCAGCAGUGCUUCUGGCCAUGGCCUUUGACCGCUAUGUGGCUAUCUGCAAGCCACUGCACUACACCACAGUCCUGACUGGGUCCCUUAUCACUAGGAUUGGCAUGGCUGCUGUGACUCGGGCUGUGACACUAAUGACUCCACUCCCCUUUCUGCUCAGACGUUUCCACUACUGCCGAGGCCCCCUAAUUGCCCACUGCUACUGUGAGCACAUGGCUGUGGUAAGGCUUGCCUGUGGGGACACUCGCUUCAACAAUAUCUAUGGCAUUGCUGUGGCCAUGUUUAUAGUGGUGUUGGACCUGCUCUUUGUUAUCCUGUCUUAUAUCUUCAUCCUUCGAGCAGUUCUACGGCUCUCCUCUCAGGAGGCCCGUUACAAGGCCUUUGGGACAUGUGUGUCUCACAUAGGUGCUAUCUUAGCUUUCUACACACCUGUGGUCAUCUCCUCAGUCAUGCACCGUGUGGCUCGCCAGGCUGCCCCUCAUGUCCACAUACUCUUUGCUAAUUUCUAUCUGCUCUUCCCACCCAUGAUUAAUCCCAUCAUCUAUGGUGUCAAGACCAAGCAGAUUCGCAAGCGAGCCUUAGGACUAUUCUCAAGAAAGGAUGUAUAAAUGGAGAGUUAGGGACAGGUGGAAAAAGAGUGGGCCAGACUGAAUGCUGAACUGGGGGUGGGGGUAUGAUAGGAAGUGGAGGGAUGCCAGUUUAGUUCUUUCCUGGUGUAAUGAAAAAACUUAAUGAUGUCCUGAAACUCAGUCACCAGUCUGAUCAGGACUCAUGGGGCUGUAUUCUUUGGUUGACUUUGAAUUCAAAGGCUGACUGCUGACUUUGCUGCCUUCUCAAAGAGCCCACUCUAUUAGGAGGCUUGACAAAGGCUUGACCCACUCUCCUCUUGGUAACAUUAUCUAAAGACACAAAGAUGCUUUCAAGUUCAUUUAAUAAGACUGAGAAUCUGAGUUUCU